AAGUGAAUAUCGCUGUGUUCAAACAGCAGCGCGGCCAAAGUUGUGGAGAUAGAAAGGAGAGAAUUGAACCUAGGUAGCGGUACGGUGCCGGAAUGAUUGGUUUAGCGGGACGGUUGAGAACGUUUCCUCCCGAAGGCCUGAAGGAACUGUCAAGGAACAGAAGAUGGAAUUAUUAGUGUAGUCAGGCUUCCAUUAAGGACAGCUGGAAAUCGUUUGUAGCACCAUUAAAGAUGGGCUUAGAAAUAGGGCAGUGUGGGAGAAGGCAAUGCUGCAAGGUGUGACUCUGGGAAGGAAAAGGUUGUAUCAUAAUACGUGGUUUGCGAAGUAUAGAGUAGCUGAACACGUGACAGAGUAUCUUUGUGUUUUCCUGAAGAGUCUCAUCUUCUCUUUCUUUUCACGUGUAUCCUUAUCAGGAUACCAAUAAUCUAAAAUGUAUUUAUCUCGUGAGGUGUUUGGGAUUAUUUAUGGAGCACCUCCUGGUGCCAUCCGUGGAACUGGGGCCUGGGCGUCAGUGCUACGGCAAAGCCUACCGUGGGUGUCCUGAUGGGAGUCAGGAUCUGGUGGGAGAUCUUUUGGGGUCUCUAGAGUAGGCUCAUGGACUUAGUCUAGGGUAGACAUGAAUCUUCAUUAAAGGGAACACAGAGUCCAUGAAAUUGAGUGAUUUUGGUGUUGCCUUUUGAAGGUCAAUUUUUUGGUCUCAUUUUAGAGUUCUUUCGGCAGUUAACUUUGAGUUAAAGUUUAUUUGAAUAUAAAUAGGACUCUAGUCUUUAAGACAAAUUCUGUGUGCUGAAAAAUUUGUUCCGAUUUGAUCAUUUCUCCUUGAAAAGAACAACUGUCAUCUCAGUAGUGGUUUUUUUUUUUUUUUUUUUAACUUCAUCUUUACAUCAAACACAUUCAUUACUGAAUGACAUUACUUCCAUGGUACAAAAGAUUUUGUAAAAGUUUUUUCAAAGUAGCAGUGGUAGGAAAAUUAUUAGGAUCUCAUUUGAGCAUACUAUUAUCUAAUCUCACCUUUUCAACUUCCCUAUAAUGGUUCUAUGGUACAGUUCAAAACAUCAGGAAAGCUAGGUGAAUUUACCGAAGAAUUGGCCCGAAGGCCCGCGGUUACUCAGCAGUAUUCCAGUCAGCUCUGCAGAGGGAAGAAAUUGAAGACAGGAGCCUGAGGAUUCAGGAGAGACCGCUUGGAGGAAGGCUUCUUGCUGAGUAAGACGAAGAUCCAGACACAGAAAGGAUGCAGGCAUAGAGGGAGAGUCGAGAAAAAAAGGAAAGUUCAAUAGCAUGGGCAGGAGUGAAAGAGUGAUCUGAGCAAAUGAGGAGCAAGAACAACUUUGUUUUUUAACGUCUACUUAUUUUUCAUAGAACACAAGGGCGGGGGAGGAGAGGAGAAGAGAGAGAGAGAGAGCAAGCUCCAGGCUCUGAGCUGUCAGCACAGAGCCCGACGCGGGGCUCGAACUCACGGACCGCGAGAUCAUGACCUGAGCUGAAGUCAGCCGCUCAACCGAAGUCGGCCGCUCAACCGACUGAGCCACCCAGGCGCCCCAAGAACAGCUUUUAAACGGUACAUUGGGACUCCUGCUAGUCACAGGACCCCGCAACUGGAUGGUGUGGCCCCAGCUCACUUCCACAGUCUUACCUUCCGGGUCUCCGGACCCCGUCUGGGCAUGUGCUGCUGCUUUGGCCGGUAGUCCUCCCCUUUCUUGAAGUCAGCUCCAUUUCCUCCUUCACUUUCAGCUCAGAUGUCACCUUGUCAGGGAAAGCUGCCCCCCAGCCCCUGCCACCUCUUCGUUUUUAAUAUCUCCUGUCUUGCUGCAUUUUUCUCUAUAGUGCUUAUUACACUUGAUAAUUUUUUUUAGUGCUUAGUUGACUAAUGCCUUUCAGAGAGAAGGGGCAGUGGUUGGCCCCCUCCCCCCUUCUUUGGGAUUGGCAAGUGUUUGGCACAUCCUGAGCACCAAGUAAACAUUUAUUUGUUGAGUGAAUCAAUGAACUACAUGUUUUGAUCUUUACUAUUUGGUCUCAAGGACCCAAGAACUGUCUUCUUAAAGAUAGGACUGGAAAACCAUGUAGCCAGGAAAAAGAAUUAUUUGCUCCUGGAUUCCUUUAACAAUGCCUGUGAAAUACCUACUGUUUGUGAGAAGCCAGAUGUUAGGAAUAUGGAAUAGAAACGUCGUGCCUUUUUAUUUUUUAUUAAAGUUUAUUUGACUAUGCUGUAUUGGAUUGUGCCUUCUUUAUUAAAGGAGCACAUCAUUUUCGUAGUUUAUUGAAAUAGUUACAGCCCUUAGUGUUCAUUUGGAGAGGUUUUAAAAAUUGUGGAGGGAAUCAGCCUGGAUACUCUUCACGGUUCCUAGCCAGCAGAGUGAGGUUCAUUCUCCAGUGAUCUCUGGAAUGUCAAUCUGGCAUUUGCAGUAGCCAAUGUCGGGUUCACAUUUAAAAUAAGUGCUAGCUUUGACUUCAUCUAAAAAGUGACGGAAAAGCGAAGACGGUGAUUUGUUUGGAUGCUUUUUGGCUUUAACUUUUUCAAGUUUGGACAACAGAAUGAAAAUGAUUCGGGAAAGUUCAUUGUAUGGAUGGAUUUUUUUUUCUUUUUUUAAAGAAUGAGUUUCAUAGUUAGAAAAUUAUUGAAGCUGUUGGUCUUGUCAGGUGAAUGAGCCUUAAAAAAAAUUUUUUUUUAACAUCUAUUUAUUGUUGAGAGACAGAGCAUGAGUAGGGGAGGGGCAGAGAGAGAGAGAGGGAGACACAGAAUCUGAAGCAGGCUCCACGCUCUAAGCUGUCAGCACAGAGCCCAACGUGGGGCUUGAACCCACAAACCGCGAUAUGACGACCUGAGCCGAAGUCGGACGCUUAACUGACUGAGCCACUUAGGUGCCCCCAGGUGAAUGAGCUUUUAAAAGUUUAUAAGGGAUUUGUUUAAAAUAGUUCUGAAACCUUUCUCAGUGACAGGUCUGUUGUAAAUAUUUAGGAAAACAAAUAUUCAGAAUUAUUCAGUAGCUAUUGAAGCUCUCCUCUCUGUGCCUGGUGCCAUGCUAGGCCCUUGGGAGUGAGUUACACGGACAUAAACGUCCUUGCCCUCAUGAGGCUUUUCAGUAUAGUCAGGAGCUCCCUGGAGAGAAAUGUAAAGGAAACACGUUCAGCAUGAGCACUUCCUCCUUCCCUCCCUCCCUUUGUUUAUUUCUUGAACUUGUUUUUGGUGGCAACAUGUUAAGAGUCCUUCAAGCUACGUGUUGCUUUAUCUCUGAUAACAUAGGAAGGAGGUAAAGGGGGGAACAUUUAUAGUACCAUGUAAAAUAGAAAUUUAGAUCUUCAGGGUGUUGGUAGCUUUUUAAAAAAGUUAAUGUCGAUCAGUGAAUUUAUUCUCUUAAAAAAUAAGCUAUUUAACGAUAAUAGCAACAAUAGCUAUUAUUAAUUGAUUGCCUGCUAUGGGCCAGACACUGUACAUAUUCAUUAUUAGUUAUUUUUUAAUAUUCUCAGCCACUCUACAAGGUGGUUGGUCGUAUCUCUGUUUUAUAAGCUAGAAGGUUGAGAUGUAGGGAAGUAAAUUUGCUUAAGGAUCAUCAUAGCAGAUUGCAUAUGCUGCCUCCAGAUAAUAGAAAACUUAGUUGAAUGGGUAAGUGCCGUAAAGUUAAACAUUUAGAGAGAAAAGAGAGAGAAACAUAGAGCUUCUAUAAUCCAUUAAUUGAAGAAAUAGAUACAAGUUCUGGUAUACUGGGAUUGAUGCCUUGUGCUACUGGUUCAUUCGUUUUUUCCAAUAAUAAACAAAAAUGUGUAAACGCUUUUUUUUUUAUUUUUUAUUUUUAUUUUUUAAUUUUUUUUUAACGUUUAUUUAUUUUUGAGACAGAGAGAGACACAGCAUGAACAGGGGAGGGUCAGAGAGAGAGGGAGACACAGAAUCUGAAGCAGGCUCCAGGCUCUGAGCUGUCAGCGCAGAGCCUGACGUGGGGCUCGAACUCGCGGGCCGCGAGAUCGUGACCUGAGCUGAAGUCGGACGCUUAACCGACUGAGCCACCCAGGCGCCCCUGUAAACGCUUUUUAAAAAAAAUUGUUUUUUUAAAAUGUUUUGUUUAUUUUUGAGACAGAGACAGAGCACGAGCAGGGCAGGGGCAGAGAGAGAGGGAGACACAGAAUCGGAAGCAGGCUCCAGGCUCUGAGCCGUCAGCCCAGAGCCCGACGCGGGGCUCAGACUCACAAAUGGCGAGAUCAUGACCUGAGCCGAAGUCGGUCGCCUAACUGACUGAGCCACCCAGGCACCCCUAAACGCUUUCUAUAUUUGAGGAAUUCUUUAUCUUAAGGGUCUUGGGGGGAAGUAGAAAUCUUCAAUUUUGAAAGCCAAAUUUGCUCACUUUCUCUGCAUCUUUUGGAGUUGGGACAUGGUCGUGUGACCUGGGGCCUCCAGGCCACUACCUCAGAAGCUAGUGAUUUUCAGAAGCAGACACUUUGUCAGAUCUGUGUCCCGCAGUGCAAGGGGAUGGCAGCUGCACCUGUUUCCCGGAGGUGGGCAGCGACAAAGAUUCAGCUGUAGCGUUUGGUUCCUGGUGUCACUGGCGUCUGUACUGGUUGCAGUGACUGAACCCUGUGUUGUCUCCACUGGACCAGAUCUGUGGUUUGAAUCUUGGGUGUUCUUCGUUAUGUAGCCUUCCAGUCUGGCCCUCCUGGGGUUUUCUGUGAGUUGCCUAAUAUGCUUUAAUAACUUCCUUUUCAGUUUCAGCAAAGCCAGAGUUAGUUUCUUUUGUUUGCAACUAAGAACCUUUACUUAGAUGAUGCUAAUUAAGGUAAUUGACAAUUCCAAGAAACUCCAGGGUCAGGGUUACUUGCAUCUAGAUUAGAAUUUAUUAGUGGGAAGAGUUCAUGUAUAUUAAGUGAAAUAGUUACAUGCUGGCUGCUUAUUGAUUUAAUGAAUUUGCUGAUUCGAAUUUGCCUCUUCUAGGUAUUGGGGAUACAGGAGUGACAAGAUAGACAAGAUCCCUGCCCUCACAGAGGUUAAUUCUGUUGUGAAAAGUAGAGAAAGCAAGAGAGCAAAUAACAAUGGCAAAGAGUGCUAAAUGCCAUGAUAAAAAUAAAGUGUUAUAGUUUUGCUGCUGGACUCUUCCCUCCCUCCCCCCACCCCAUCAGGAUGAUAUGAGACUUGAAAGAAGACGAUGCAUACAGAUGAUGUUCGAAGCCGCUUUGGCAUCGUCUGGUGGCCUGUUAGAAAUGCAGACCCUCAGGCCCUACCCUAGAUGUACGGAAUCAGAACCUGCAUUUUUCACAAGAUUCAGAGGCGAUUUGAGGAGAGACUUCAGCAUGCAAACCUUCAUCUGUUCGGCUCGCACCGUCAUUUUCAUUCCAUGCUGCUGGCCUUCAGAUGGCUGGACAGAUGCCCCAUUCACAUCAGUACAGUGACCGUCGCCAGCCAAACAUAAGUGACCAACAGGUUUCUGCCUUAUCUUAUUCUGACCAGAUUCAGCAACCUCUCACUAACCAGGUGAUGCCUGAUAUUGUCAUGUUACAGAGGCGGAUGCCCCAAACCUUCCGUGAUCCAGCAACUGCUCCCCUGAGAAAACUUUCUGUUGACUUGAUCAAAACAUAUAAGCAUAUUAAUGAGGUUUACUAUGCAAAAAAGAAGCGAAGACACCAACAGGGCCAGGGAGACGAUUCUAGUCAUAAGAAGGAGCGGAAGGUUUACAAUGAUGGUUAUGAUGAUGAUAACUAUGAUUAUAUUGUAAAAAACGGAGAGAAGUGGAUGGAUCGUUACGAAAUUGACUCCUUGAUAGGCAAAGGUUCCUUUGGACAGGUUGUAAAAGCAUAUGAUCGUGUGGAGCAAGAAUGGGUUGCCAUUAAAAUAAUAAAGAACAAGAAGGCUUUUCUGAAUCAAGCCCAGAUAGAAGUGCGACUUCUUGAGCUCAUGAACAAACAUGACACUGAAAUGAAAUACUACAUAGUGCAUUUGAAGCGCCACUUUAUGUUUCGAAACCAUCUCUGUUUAGUUUUUGAAAUGCUGUCCUACAACCUCUAUGACUUGUUGAGGAACACCAAUUUUCGAGGUGUCUCUUUGAACCUAACACGAAAGUUUGCACAACAGAUGUGCACUGCACUGCUUUUCCUCGCGACUCCAGAACUUAGUAUCAUUCACUGUGACCUAAAACCUGAGAAUAUCCUUCUCUGUAACCCCAAACGCAGUGCAAUCAAGAUCGUUGACUUUGGCAGUUCCUGUCAGUUGGGGCAGAGGAUAUACCAGUAUAUUCAGAGUCGCUUUUAUCGGUCUCCAGAGGUGCUACUGGGAAUGCCUUAUGACCUUGCUAUCGACAUGUGGUCCCUUGGGUGUAUUUUGGUUGAAAUGCACACUGGAGAACCUCUGUUCAGUGGAGCCAAUGAGGUAGAUCAGAUGAAUAAAAUAGUGGAAGUUCUGAGUAUUCCACCUGCUCACAUUCUUGACCAAGCACCAAAAGCAAGAAAGUUCUUUGAGAAGUUGCCAGAUGGCACUUGGAACUUAAAGAAGACCAAAGAUGGAAAACGGGAGUAUAAACCACCAGGAACCCGUAAACUUCAUAAUAUUCUCGGAGUAGAAACAGGAGGACCCGGUGGGCGUCGUGCUGGGGAAUCGGGUCAUACCGUGGCUGACUACUUGAAGUUCAAAGACCUCAUUUUAAGGAUGCUUGAUUAUGACCCCAAAACUCGAAUUCAACCUUACUAUGCCCUGCAGCACAGUUUUUUCAAGAAGACAGCUGACGAAGGUACAAACACAAGUAACAGCGUGUCCACGAGUCCCGCGAUGGAGCAGUCACAGUCCUCCGGAACCACCUCCAGCACGUCCUCCAGCUCAGGUGGAUCGUCGGGGACGAGCAACAGUGGGAGAGCCAGGUCAGACCCGACGCACCAGCACCGGCACAGCGGCGGGCACUUCACAGCUGCCGUCCAGGCCAUGGACUGUGAGACUCACAGUCCCCAGGUGCGUCAGCAAUUUCCUGCUCCCCUUGGUUGGUCAGGCACUGAAGCUCCUACACAGGUUACUGUUGAAACUCAUCCCGUUCAAGAAACAACCUUUCAUGUAGCCCCUCAACAGAAUGCAUUGCAUCAUCACCAUGGAAAUAGUUCCCAUCACCAUCACCACCACCACCACCACCACCACCACCACGGACAACAAGCCUUGGGUAACCGGACCAGGCCAAGGGUCUACAAUUCUCCAACGAAUAGCUCCUCUACCCAGGAUUCUAUGGAGGUUGGCCAUAGUCACCACUCCAUGACAUCCCUGUCUUCCUCAACUACUUCUUCCUCUACGUCCUCCUCCUCUACCGGUAAUCAAGGCAACCAGGCCUACCAGAAUCGCCCGGUGGCUGCUAACACCUUGGACUUUGGACAGAACGGAGCUAUGGACGUUAAUUUGACCGUCUACUCCAAUCCCCGCCAAGAGACUGGCCUAGCUGGACAUUCAGCGUACCAAUUUUCUGCUAAUACAGGUUCUACACAUUACAUGACUGAGGGACAUCUGACGAUGAGGCAAGGAGCUGACAGAGAAGAGUCCCCCAUGACAGGAGUUUGUGUGCAACAGAGUUCUGUAGCUAGCUCGUGACUAAAUUGAAACUUGAGUUUGUUUCUUGUGUGUUUUUAUAGAAGUGGUGUUUUUUUCCAAAAAACAAAGUGCAAAGCUGCUUGCAUCAGAAGGAGAUUAACACACUGAACCGCUACAAGAGGGCAAAGCUGACUUUUUUUCUUUUUCUUUUUCUUUUUUUUUUUUUUAACUUGAAAAGAUUGCAAAGGGACAAUGAAGUUUUUCAAAGAGCCAUGUCCACAAACCCGUCGUCACGGAGAGCGCAGAGGUGUCCUCUUUUCGCCUCCCCCAUUUUAACUUGCCACACCCCAGCCGUAGUGGGUUUUUUUGUCUUUUCUGUUCCACAGAAGUUAAUGUUCAGAUGUUGGUCUUGGUCAUUUGCCAACUAAUUUUAAAAUAAAAAGGCACUGCACAUAAUUUGCAUAAAGGGCCCCACGAGGGUGUUUUUUUUCUUUUUGUUUUUUCCUUUUUCCUCCCUUUACCCCCCCUCCCCCCCCGUUUGUUUUGUUUUGGGUGGGUGGUGGGAAAUUUGGGUUUUUAAGUCCUCUAAACACACUUGGGCACGGAAACGCAGUACUGUAAGGAAGAGGGACCUCCAGCUGACACAAACAUCACCUUCAGCUGUAUGGAAGGGACGGUUGUUCUGGAGUUUGUUUGUAAGGCACAGUGAGCAUGCUAAGUGGCGGGGAUCAGAACUCUCCUGUCUGAACCUACUGAGGAGCAAAGCAGCAAUUACAUGGGAUCCCGUGGGUCUCCUGUUGGAGAGGCCACGGUAGAUAGUAAUGGAACGUGACUGGUCUCCUAACCGAGGUGCACUGAGAAGCAAUCAACGGGUCAGUCGUGGCCAGUCCUGGGGAGGUCUGAGUGGUGGUCUUUGGGAUAACCUUUGGCCUUAUGGAUUUGGACUCGAAAUUAGAAGAGCCUACCAUUUCAGAUGCAAUCACUUUUGGACAUGCUUUUGCAGACAGUCCUUAAUGCUGAAAACACAGAGAAUGGGUAAUUCAAGAGGCCUUUCUUUUAAAAUAGACUUUUGUGACCCACUAAUUGUAAGGUAUUGCAAGGUCACUUUGCGUGUGUCAUAAAGUUGACUUCCUUAUUGGUUGAAGGUCACAGAAGUAGUGGUUUGCUUUGAUGGAAAUAGCUACAGCUGUGUCCCUUCCUGCUUUUUACUUUUUUUGUUUUUUUUGUUUUGUUUUGUUUUUGUUUUUUUUUUGUUUCAUUUUUGCUUUUUUUCUCGGCACGUGGUAUCUCCACCAUUUCUUCUGCACAAAGAUGUCUUCUGUUCAUCCUGAACAUUUUUAAAAAAUGCAGAAUUUUAUGUGACUGCUUUUUUGCCUCACAAUUAUGCUGUGAAUUUUACAAAAAUUUAUUUUCUUUUUUGAUAAUUUAUUGUACCAAAGCUGUUUUUAUAGCACAUAGAUGUCUGUAACCAAUAAUGUAGCAGUCCUGCACUUUGACACAAGGUGUAACUAGACCAUUUUUAAAUGUCAGUUGAAAAUUAUGGCUGUACUAUUGCUUAAACAAAACUGGAACUGUUGUUGAAUCCAUAGCCAAUACAUCUACAGCAAUCUGUGUUCUGAACAUAAUAGAUUGACAUCUAAUUCAAGAUGACAGCAUCUGUUACAUUCUAAAUGUGUUCAGGCUUCCGAAGGUAAAGGGACACUGGAUCCAGAAGCUAUGGAACCAGCAGUCGAUUCUUGUAUUCCUGAUUAACCUACUUGUAAACUUGAAAGCAAGACCUUGAUUGCACCAACAGGUCCAAAAUAUGAGCACGAGUAAAGCAAAACUCUCAUGCGUGACCUGAAGUGAACAGGCUGGUGUUUAACAGGUGCCUAGUUUUGAGAUUAUGCUGCCUUAAUGUAACACAGUCUGGCAGUUGCUAAAUUUGUGUUCCCAUUUUAAAUUGACCAAUUUUAGGGUGUUAUACUUUUGAGCGGUUGAAUUGGGAGAAUGAAGAUAAGUAAUUUAUCUGUCCAGGAUCAAAAGAAGCCUAGGAAAGAAGCAGUAAUCUACCUCUGCCGAUAACCCUGUUCAAAACAACUCAGCAGAACACCACAUUACUUUUUAUUGGUCAAUUCUAUGUGGCUGACUAGGUCAAUUUUUUCUGAACAAAAAGCAGGUUUUUAUAUGUAAACAGUGACAAAAAGAAAGGCUUAAAACUAUGUGAAUGUGAAUGGAAACUUGGAAAUACCGUUUUUAUAAUCCACAAAAUUUUUUUGUUGUUAAUCAGGAAAUCCAUAUUUAUUUUGUAAUUAAAUGUCAAGCCUGUGGAUGAUUUUUGAACUUGGUAGUUCAUAAAAGUUUACAGUGAAUAAAAGGAUAUCAUCUUGAGUAUAGCAAUAUCAAAAGGAAUCAGUAGUUACUGCUGUUUAGGACUAUAAGGGGAAGAUAUUAUAUGGGUCAGGUCAUUUUUUUCUGUGCUGGUUGCCACAUCUUAGCAAGCACCAAAAACGAAAGCAGUUUUUAAACCGCUAUUUACAUAAAGGAAAUCAUAAAAUCCAAUGCUUCUGCAUACUGUGUUAUGUUACAGUCCAGUUUUGUGUGCUUUACUACACGGUUUGGUUACAGGACUUCUGUGCAUUGUAAAACAUAAACAGCAUGGAAAAGGUUAAAUACCUGUGUGCAGAUUGUAAGAUCUGGUCCGGACUUGCUGUGUAUAUUGUAACGUUAAAUGAAAAAGAACCCCCCUUUGUAUCAUAGUCAUGCGGUCUUAUGUAUGAUAAACAGUUGAAUAAUUUGU